UAUAAACCCCCAAAAGCUUAGAAUUAUUGCCAUUUUAGAAUCAUCGACUUUCCAUUCUUCUCUCUCAUUUGCGAUUCAAAGUUCCAUUGCACUUUCACUUUUUUUUUUUCUUUCUACUUUUUUAAUCGGACCCCACAAGCUAACACAGCAAACCCAACAAUUCCGACGACGCCGUUAGCCGCCGGUACUUACUCAUUUCCGUUCAUCGUCAAGGUCUAGUUCCUCGUCGCUUUUGUUUUUCAAGGUUAUUAAAGGAUCUUAUUAUGCCAUAUGGGUAUAUCUAGUUCCUGUCCAUUUGCAGAGUAUAUUGAUUUGGGGGAUAGUUUAGAAUCUAUUCUGAUAAAACCCACAAGUUUUGGAGAUGAAGAGAAAACUCUACUGCGUUCUGUCAGCAGAGAUUCAGAAUCAAAAGUGUUGAAAUCAGUAAGUUCUCGAAAUGUAUCUUUGGAAGGAUCUAUUAGCUUCAAAGGGAGAGGUUUGGAGAAUCUGUCCUCAACGGAGACUUCUUCAUUAGAAACAGUAAAUGAUGGAGAUGUUGCAUCGAUCAGCCCAAAGAGUGUAGAGUUUGAUAAUCAAUCUCUAAGUUCAGACAAUGAUAUGGAAAGAUUCCAAAUGUUACCAGCUUUGGAUCCAAACAAUCCCAAACAUGCUGCUGCUCUAAAAUUGCAGAAGGUGUAUAAAAGCUUCCGCACCAGAAGAAAGCUGGCAGAUUGUGCUGUUCUUGUCGAACAGAGCUGGUGGAAACUCUUAGACUUUGCUGAACUCAAGCGAAGUUCUAUAUCAUUCUUUGACAUGGAAAAACGCGAGUCUGCCAUUUCACGCUGGUCAAGAGCAAGAACUAGAGCAGCUAAGGUUGGAAAAGGCUUAUCCAAGAAUGCUAAAGCUCGAAAGCUUUCUUUGCAGCACUGGCUUGAGGCGAUUGAUCCGCGACAUCGCUAUGGCCACAACUUACAUUUUUAUUACAUGAAAUGGCUUCACAGCCAGAGUAAAGAACCCUUCUUUUACUGGUUAGAUAUAGGAGAAGGAAAGGAAGUAAAUCUGGUCGAAAAAUGCCCGCGAUGGAAACUCCAACAACAAUGCAUCAAGUAUUUGGGUCCUAUGGAAAGGCUUGCAUAUGAAGUAAUUAUGGAAGAUGGGAAACUCGUAUAUAAACAAUCAGGGAAACUCGUCCACACAACUGACGAAGCUAAAAAUACAAAAUGGAUUUUUGUCCUAAGCACUUCAAAGACUAUGUAUGUUGGAAAGAAGAAGAAAGGUACAUUCCAGCACUCAAGCUUCUUGGCUGGAGGAGCUACAACUGCUGCUGGGAGAUUGGUUGUGGAAAAUGGUGUUCUGAAGGCUGUUUGGCCUCAUAGCGGACAUUAUCGACCCACUGAAGAAAAUUUUAAAGACCUCAUGUCAUUCCUUAAAGAGAACAAUGUGGAUCUUACUGAUGUGAAGACAAGUCCAACUGAUGAGGGAGAUGAUUAUCUAGACAAUCAAAAGAGUAGCCGCCACGUCAGGAACAACUCAUCAGAGGAGGACUUCAUAGAAAAGCUGAAUGGCUUUGAGAGUGAAGAGAACAACACCGAAGAGUCGAAUGAAGGAAAAUCUGAUUCAUUUGUACAGUCUUCCAUUGAAUUAUCUGAUUUAAAGCGUCGCAACAUUCGGAAAGAAUUGACCAGUCUUGAGAUACCGAACAGGGCUGAAGUGAUUGGGAUGUUUGAGAAAGAACAAGAAGAUGUGAGAACUAGUGGUAAUAAAGGUUUCCUAUUGGAUUCCCCUGUUGUUGAUGGUUACAAAUAUACGGAUAAUUAUUUCUCUCCAAAGCCAAACGUCUCUGAUAAAGAACAAGGGAAUACUGAAGUGAAGAUCAUUCCCGAGGAGUCGGUCCUUAGAAGGUUACAUUCACAUAAUGAAGCCAAAUCAUACCAACUAGGGAAGCAGUUGUCUUGCAGAUGGACAACUGGAGCUGGUCCUCGCAUAGGCUGCGUUCGAGACUACCCAUCAGAACUUCAACUACGAGCGCUUGAGCAAGUGAGUUUAUCUCCAAAAUGCGCUGCACAUUCUAGACACCACUGCUAUCCUUACGUUGCCAUCGAGAUGAGCCCAAGGACAGUGAUACCACCAACUUCUCAGACCAGAUAACAAGAAACCGUAAGAAGAUGAACUGACCAUUCCUAGACAUGAUCCUCUUACCUUUUUUUUCCCUUUCAGAGGAACAUAAGUGAAUGGGGCAGAUAGAUUCCUUAUAUGUUCAUUCUUUCUUUUGUAUAUACAAAAAAGAUGAUGUAGGAAUUCUUCAGUGAUUUUUUCCUACUAACCCAUUUUUUCUUUUUUACAUUUUUGUGUAACAAAGGGAAACUGCACACAAAGUGUUCCCAUUCCACGUCUUCUUAUAAUGAAAUAGAAGCAGAAAUUUUGGCGU